AUGCUGGCUCCAUCCACCCAUCCCCUCCUCUGGCUGUUCGGCUGCGUGCUGUUCCGAGGUACUACAACCUCCACAGACCCCACCAUCCACCUUGUAACAGCACCUUCUGUAAAAUCAACACCACCAGCCAACUUGAAUCUCACCACCAUGGUUCAGGCUACUACAGACAGAUCUUCCUCCACCUCUGCAACACUGCCAGUGAUGACUGUGAGAGAUGAAAAGUCUACUGGAAGCAGAAGCACAGCAGCUUCACCAACUCAAGGUCAAGAGCCCAAGGGAAGUGAGAGUACCACACCACCAGCAACUCAAGGUGCUUUCUCCUUUCUCAUGCCAAGAGAUAGCACCUCAGAUCCCGUCACUCCAACAUCAAAGCCUUCUGGCAACUUGCCUGUGCCCACUCCAACAGAUGAUAAAUCACCACUGACAGUGGCAGCUUUUGGUGUCAUCAGCUUCAUAGUUAUCCUGAUAGUGGUUGUGAUCAUUCUGGUCAGCGUGGUCAGCCUGAGGUUCAAGUGCAACCGCUCAAAGGACUCUGAAGACAAACAGAAACCAGGGACCUCGAUGGUAUCUGAAAGCUGCUCGGCGGGCCCAGGCCAGAAGGAUAAUAGCAUCACUCUGAUCUCCAUGAAGAACAUCAACACGAACAACAGCAGGAGCUACCCACCAUCAGAAAAG